AUGGCUGCGACGUGUGAGGAAAGUCAGCCGGCCAUUUGUCCCGUGGCAGAUUGCCGGGCUCUGGUGACGCACACCCACUUGCUGCGGCACAUGAUCAGCGAGCAUUUGGAUACGCGGGCACGAACCCUGCCCUUUCAGCUGCGCCUGCGCGAAGUGGCCAGUGGCCAGCAGACCCUGCUGAUGCUCACCUACCGCCAGCUGGCCGUCGAUCAUGACCAGUGCCUGGCGGUGCUCAACUGGAGCUGCGACUCGCCAUUCGACCUCAUGGAACCGCAGCUGGACCUGCCGCCCUGCCACCAGGCGCUGACCUUCCACCUGCCCGUUCUGGUGAUGGUCUGUCGGACCACCUGGAAGGCUCUCCUGAAGCAAGAUGACGACAAGGGGGUCUCCAGGGACCUAACCUCCGAGUGGGGCACCGUCUAUCUGCUGUGGCUCGUCUCUCCGUUCACCCGGCGAGCCAUCUAUGCGAAUCUCGCCGUCUUGAACAGCCGGCUGCAGUGCAUCGUGCGGCGGAAUCGCCGACGAAUCCGGAACUUCGCCAGCCGGAUGCCCAUUAGCCAGUUCAUCAACGGACUCGAUCCGUUCUUUGUCAGCCUCAACGAGGAUCAGCUGGACGAGCUGUGCGACGGCGGUGGCGAGAAGGCCUCCGUCUUCCUGGAGGUCACCAUCGAGGGGGAGGGGCAGUAGCUCAAGUAUUUCAUUUUAAUAAAAUUAUCACAGUGAUUUUGUAGAUUUGAAA